AGAGAGAAACAGAGAUUUGAUUUAAGCUCUGCCACAGCAGCUUUCUGCCAUGCGACAACUGCAGUCCGCUCCCAAAGUAAACCUUCGCCUACGAUCACAGCUAUGCCUACCCUGCCCAAGAUCCGCCUAGGCCUAGGGCGGCAACAAGUCGACGAUGUCAUCGUGCCUGCCGCUGCCGAAGGAACGCCCGACGACGCCAAGUUGGGUGCUGAAAACGUGGCAAAUGAAACGGGUGCACAGGUAGACGAGAAACCAGUGCUUCCCAGCGAGAAUGUGCAACAUGGUGUGCAAAGCGUACAGGCCGUCACACUCACCUGGUCGAAGCGGUCGCUGGUAGCCGUUUUCAUCAAUAUAUGGUGUCUGUAUCUGGUCAACGCUUUUCAGUCUUCAAUUCUGUAUAACCUGAUGCCGUUCGUUACGAGUGACUUCGAGUCGCAUUCGCUCCUGACGGUCAUCAACAUCGUGGCCAACGCAAUGACAGCUGCAGUCUACAUACCGCUCGCCAAAAUGCUUGACGUCUGGGGUCGUGCUGAAGGCUUCCUCGUCAUGACGAGCUUCGCCACGCUGGGACUGGUCCUCAUGGCUACAUGCAACAGUUUCUCGACCUUUUGCGCCGCCCAAGUUUUCUAUUCUAUUGGAUUCGGAGGCAUUAUCUAUAGUGUGGAUGUUAUUACGGCUGACGCCACGAGUCUGAAGAAUCGAGGACUAGCAUUUGCGUUCACUUCUUCUCCCUACAUGAUAACUGCAUUCGCCGGCCCGAAGGCUGCAGAGGGAUUUUACGAGAACGUCAACUGGCGGUGGGGAUUCGGAUGCUUCUCAAUUAUCCUACCCUGUGUGGCGGCUCCUUUGUUCACAAUUUUGAAGUUCAACCUUCGAAAAGCUGAGCAGCAAGGACGUAUUCUCCGGGAAAAGAGUGGAAGAACAGUGGCGCAGAACAUCUGGAUGUUUGUGACCGAAUUCGAUGUUCCCGGAGUCAUCUUAUUCGCCGGCGGCCUCACCACAUUCUUACUGCCCUUCACACUCGCCGACUCAGCGCCUAACGGUUGGUCGUCAGGUUAUAUCAUUGCCAUGAUUGUCGUGGGAUUUGUCGUCCUUGGAAUCUUUGCGCUCUACGAAACAUUCCUGGCUCCGACACCGUUCCUCAACAACAGCUACUUCACCUCGUUCCUUCAGGUUGUGAAUAACCUCAGUGUUUCAGAGGCGGGGUAUGUUGCAAGCACCUUUGAUGUCGUGUCCGGCAUCCUUCUUUUGAUCGUUGGUUUCUCCAUCAGAAAGACGGGCUACUUCAAGUGGCUUCUUUACUUUGCCAUUCCACUCUACGUCUUUGCACAGGGGCUAAUGAUUCAUUUCCGGCAACCCAACGGUUACAUUGGAUACAUUUUCAUGUGCCAGAUAUUCAUCUCAGUGGGUGGAAGUAUCUUCAUCAUCGUUCAACAGCUGUCAAUUCUCGCCGCUGUCGACCACCAGCACGUCGCUGCAGCUUUGGCACUCCUCAGCGUUGUUGGUAACAUUGGCGGUGCUGUUGGCAACUCUAUCUCUGGCGCUAUCUGGACCAACACUUUUGCCGAGGCCCUCGAGCGAUAUCUCCCGGCCACGGCUUUGCCGGAUCUGACCGAGAUCUACGAGAGUCUCGAGAUGCAGCUCAGCUACGAAGUUGGCUCCCCGGAGCGAUUCGGUAUUCAGCAGGCGUAUGGAUACGCACAAACCAAGAUGCUUGCCACGGGCACUGGUAUCAUGGCACUGUCAUUCAUCUGGGUGCUUCUCAUCCGCAACAUCAACGUUGGAACAAUUAAGCAGACUAUGGGCAAUGUCUUCUGA